UUAGGUGGAAUGAAGGCACCAUUUGAGGAGUUAAAGAAGCUGAUCAGUCCAUUCAACUAUUACAAGUACAGAGAGCAUUGGCGUAGACAUCUGUCGCAGGUUGUCUUUUCUUUGGCAUUCUCCUACUGGUUAGAGUCUGGCAAGUUGUUAUCCAUCGAAGUCAUUCAAUCACACAUUGGUCUACAGCGUAAACAAGGCGAGAACACCAUCACCAUUGAGCUUGAGGAUUAUCUACUUGGCCUAUGUGACAUGACUAAUGAGAUGUCAAGAUACUGCGUUAACUGUGUGAUCAGACAGGACUAUGAGACACCAAUGGUUAUAUCAAAGUUUGUCAAUGAUCUGUAUGCUGGAUUCCGUGUACUCAAUCUAAAGAAUGACAUACUCCGAAAGAGGUUCGACUCGAUGAAGUACGAUGUUAAGAAGCUUGAGGAGGUUGUCUAUGACCUAUCAGUUCGCAAGCUUGUAAGUCCAGUUGCCGCCACCAGUACUGGCACAACUGUGGCCAAU